GAAGAAGCAGAAAGAAAAGGAGAGUAAAAAAAAAAAAAAAAAGAGAUGAGCUGCACUUCCUGGAGAGAAAAGCAGGGCAUGGCUGGUGCUGGCAGCCUGGCAGGUGGUGAGUGCUGGGAGGGACUGAGGACUUCCCUGCUGCUCUGGCAGGCUGGUCAUGAGGGCUCCAUGUGAAGAGGAAAUGUUGCAAGAGAUGUGGUGUUCUCUAUGCAAAAAACCCUUGUGUUGUGCAGGAGGCUGUUUGAUCUCUCUCUUCAAACUGAAACCUGAGUGGUUGCCAAGUGUCUGCUCUGAAGUUUCCGGAUCUAGGUGGGGACAGGGGAGUUCCAACUGUAACCUGAAUGUGUUGAACUGGCAGCUGCUGGUGUCCAACCACUUGCACUGGGAGGAAAAUUGCACAAAGUGGCUCCGUGUAGGAUGAGAAUGUGAGCUAUGUCCAGGCUCACGGCCAUGGAACUCAAAGCUGCUCUCCUGUCACUGUUUAUUUUUCUCUGGAGGCUUCAGUGAAGUUGGCUGUUUGUCACUGAGUGCAGCUUUGCUGGAAUGCUGCCUGCCUGCCAUUGGAAUAAGGGAGCACCUGUGACAGGACUGUGGUGUCACCUGAGAGGAAGGAAAUCAGUGUUGCUGCAGGGGACUGGGAGCCAACGGCAUCCGGCUGAGCAUGGAGAGCGCGCUGACCGCCCGCGACCGCGUCGGGGUGCAGGACUUUGUCCUGCUGGAGAACUUCACCAGCGAGGCUGCCUUCAUUGAGAACCUGAGGAAGCGCUUCAAGGAGAACCUGAUCUACACCUACAUUGGCUCCGUGCUGGUGUCUGUGAAUCCCUACAAGGAACUGGAAAUCUACACCAAGCAGAACAUGGAGCGGUACCGCGGCGUCAGCUUCUAUGAAGUCUCCCCUCACCUCUACGCCAUCGCGGACAACUCGUACCGCUCGCUGCGCACCGAGAGGAGGGACCAGUGCAUCCUCAUCUCCGGCGAGAGCGGCGCCGGCAAAACCGAGGCCACCAAGAAGAUCCUGCAGUACUACGCUGUCACCUGCCCCGCCAGCCAGCAGGUCGAGACCGUCAAGGACCGGCUGCUGCAGUCCAACCCCGUCCUGGAGGCCUUUGGAAAUGCAAAAACCCUUCGGAAUGACAACUCCAGUCGGUUUGGGAAGUACAUGGAUGUGCAGUUUGAUUACAGGGGGGCUCCUGUUGGGGGCCACAUCUUGAACUACCUCCUGGAGAAAUCCCGAGUUGUGCACCAGAACCACGGCGAGAGGAACUUCCACAUCUUCUACCAGCUGCUGGAGGGAGGGGAGGAGGACCUGCUGAGGAGGCUGGGCCUCGAGAAGAACCCACAGCAGUAUCACUAUUUAGUAAAGGGUCACUGUGCAAGGGUCAGUUCCAUAAAUGACAAAAAUGAGUGGAAGAUCAUGAGGAGAGCCCUGUCUGUUAUCGGCUUCAAUGACAGUGAGGUGGAGGAUUUGCUGAGCAUUGUGGCCAGUGUCCUGCACCUGGGGAAUGUCCAGUUUGCUGCUGAUGAGCAGGGCAAUGCUCAGGUCACUACAGAGAAUCAGAUUAAAUACCUGGCCAGGCUGCUGGCAGUGGAUGGCUCAGUUCUUCGGGAUGCACUGAUCCACAAGAAGAUCAUAGCAAAAGGGGAGGAGCUGGUGAGUCCCCUGAACCUGGAGCAGGCAGCCUACGCCAGGGACGCGCUCGCCAAGGCCGUCUACGGCCGCACCUUCUCCUGGCUGGUCAACAAGGUCAACAAAUCCCUGGCUUACAAGGAAGAGAAGUUUCCAGGCUGGAGAAGUACAACAGUUCUAGGAUUGCUGGACAUCUAUGGGUUUGAGGUUUUCCAGCACAACAGCUUUGAGCAGUUUUGUAUUAAUUAUUGCAAUGAAAAGUUGCAGCAGCUCUUCAUAGAGCUGACCCUGAAGUCAGAGCAGGAGGAGUACGAGUCCGAGGGCAUCGCGUGGGAACCAGUUCAGUAUUUCAAUAACAAAAUAAUUUGUGAUUUGGUGGAAGAGAAAUUCAAAGGCAUCAUUUCUAUUUUGGAUGAGGAGUGUCUGAGACCUGGGGAUGCCACAGACACAACAUUCUUGGAGAAACUGGAGGAGACUGUGAAGAACCACCCUCAUUUUCUCACGCACAAACUCGCUGACCAGAAGACGCGCAAGUCGCUGGGGCGGGAGGAGUUCCGGCUCUCGCACUACGCUGGGGAUGUCACCUACAGUGUUGCAGGUUUUCUAGAUAAAAACAACGACCUUCUCUUCCGGAACCUGAAGGAGACCAUGUGCAACUCAGAGAACCCCAUCAUAAACCAGUGCUUUGAUAGGACAGAGCUGACAGACAAAAAGAGACCUGAAACGGCAGCAACUCAGUUCAAAAACAGCCUCUCCAAACUCAUGGAAAUCCUGAUGUCCAAAGAACCCUCCUACAUUCGCUGCAUGAAACCCAACGAUGCCAAACAGGCUGACCGGUUUGAUGAAGUCCUGAUCCGACACCAGGUGAAGUACCUGGGGCUGAUGGAGAACCUGCGCGUGCGCCGGGCCGGCUUCGCCUACCGCAGGAAAUACGAGGUGUUCCUGCAGAGGUACAAAUCCCUGUGUCCAGAGACGUGGCCCACGUGGGAUGGGCGGCCCUAUGAUGGGGUGGCUGUGCUGGUGAAGCACCUUGGCUACAAACCAGAAGAAUACAAAAUGGGACGAACAAAGAUUUUUAUCCGCUUUCCCAAGACCUUGUUUGCCACAGAAGAUGCUCUGGAAGUGAGGAAACAGAGUCUGGCCACAAAAAUGCAGGCGACGUGGAGAGGUUUCUACCGCCGGAAGAAAUUCCUGACCAUGAAACGCUCAGCCAUCACCAUCCAGUCCUGGUGGAGGGGAACCCUGGGACGCGGAAAAGCUGCCAAGAGGAAAUGGGCAGUGGAGACAAUCAGGAGGUUCAUUAAAGGCUUCAUUUACCGGAACCACCCGCGGUGCCCAGAGAACGAGUAUUUCCUGGAUUACAUCCGAUUCUCCUUCCUGAUGAACCUCAAGAGGAACUUACCAAAAAAUGUCUUGGACAAAUCGUGGCCAACUCCUCCCCCAUCACUCUGUGAGGCGUCGCAGCUCCUGCGCAGGCUCUGCAUGCAGAACAUGGUCUGGACCUACUGCAAGAGGAUCAGCCCCGAGUGGAAGCAGCAGUUGGAACAGAAAGUAAUUGCCAGUGAGAUUUUCAAGGGCAAAAAAGACAAUUAUCCUCAGAGUGUUCCCAGGCUCUUCAUCAACACUCGACUGGGUAGAGAAGAAAUAAAUACUAAAGUCCUUCAGGCAUUAGAAAAUGAAGGACUUAAGUAUGCAGUGCCCGUGGUCAAGUACGACAGGAAGGGCUACAAGGCAAGGGCACGGCAGCUGCUGCUCACCCAGAGCUCGGCCAUCGUGGUGGAGGAGGCCAAGAUCAAGCAGCGCAUCGACUACGCCAACCUGACAGGCAUCUCUGUCAGCAGCCUGAGCGACAACUUGUUUGUGCUGCACGUGCACUGUGAGGACAACAAGCAGAAGGGUGAUGUAGUCCUGCAGAGUGACCACGUGAUUGAGACACUGACAAAAACAGCCAUUCUGGCCAACAAAAUCAACAAUGUCAACAUCAACCAGGGCAGCAUAAAGUUCACAGUGGGACAAGGCAAAGAAGGGAUCAUCGACUUCAUCUCGGGAUCAGAACUGCUCAUAGCCAAAGCCAAGAACGGGCAUCUAACAGUGGUUGCUCCUCGGUUGAAUUCCCGAUGAUGAAAAUUCCCUGCUCCAGGAAUUCCCUUCUCUCCAAGGAAUUGGCUGAACAUUGCUCCCAGCAAACCCCUCCUCCUCGCUUUGCUCUUUCUGUUACUACCAAAGACCUGCACUUUCAGAACAACCACAAAAUACAUCCUUGCUCUCCUGUCUUACUCUCAAAGUCCCAAAGGCCUUCUCCUCUCUUCCUUACCAGACUGAGCCUGGGGUCCAGCACAGCAUUCCUGCAACCACAGCUCAGGACCUUCAGCUGGGCUUUGAGGAAGAGUUCAAGCCCUGAUGGAAAUGACCAAAAAUUGUGCUUGUCAUCACCAAAAAAAAGCACAAUCAGAAAACAAGUAACUCUGCUGCUUUCUCAGCCAAAUCACUGAAAUGCCAAACUUUGUAUUAUGAAGAAUUUUGCUCGGAGAUGUUUUAAUGCUUUGUGUUACAAAUAUAGUGAAGCCAUAUUGUGUAAAUGAGUAAAACCUGUAAAUACUUUAUAGCCAAGGAUGAGAUGCACUACGAGAGAUGGAGUUGAUGUGGAAAUUUUAUGUUUUAGAUUUGGAAUUUUUGUUGGUUUUAGUUUAUGGUUACAAGGUAUAACCUGAAAAACCCAUCAUGUAACUUCACUGAUCAGGAGCCAGAGACUUUCAUCUUUUUUUGAAGUCAGCUGUCCCAUUUCUUGCUCUCUAUUUUUAUACCAUAGGAAUUUUUCAUAUCCACACAAACACAAUGUAAUACAAACUGCAGAGGUUACCACUGCUCUGGGCUGGCCAUGGGAUGAACAUGAGCCACCCCUCCCUUUCUUUCCCAGUCUGGGAGUCCCCACUCCCCCUCCCCACACAGCUCCGCAGGCUCAGAGCAGCACCUUCAGGAAAAAUGCCUCUUCCUCUUGUUCCAUAACUGGAAGUCUGAUUCCUACAGUAUUUAUACCAGUGCCUCAGUGCUGCCUUAGCAGGGAGGGCACUGCUGCUGCCCCACAGCUCCAGGGCCACAGGGGCUGGCUGCAGCACAGGCUCCUCCUCAGCACCUUCCUUUAAUCCAAACAGCUGCAGGGUGCAGGGCUGCAUGGGGAGCUCCUGCUGCAUCCCUGGCACAGCUCCACAGCCCAGCCUGUGCAUCCUGCUCUACUUGCCUUAGACACCCUUCCCCUCCAUCCUGCAGCAGCCACAGCCAGCCCUGAAUGCCUCUCACCCACUGCUGCCUCUCACAGCCUCAGCUCCCUGUCCUGCUCUGGCUCCUGACACGAUGCCAUUGCCCAGCCUGCUCCUGGCUGGGAUGUGGGGUACACUGCAGGCCAUCCCCAGAUGUGCUCAGUGUGUGCAGAGCACGCUGCAGAUGUUGGUGUAUAACCUCUGCCAGACUACGCUGAAUAAAUUUUUACAAAAAACCAA